AUGGGUUGUGAGCUUGAUGAAGGAGAGGGCGCUGUGGAGGCUGAGGAUGAAGGUGAAGUAGAGGGUCAGGGGGAGGUGGAAGUGGAGAGUGAUGUUGAGCAGCGUAAUGCUGAUGAUCCUGAUCCAGGAGAAAGUGAGGGCGAAAGAGAACAAAGUUCCCAAGAAGUAGACAUUGGUGAUCAUAGAGAAGAAAGUGAAGGAAAAUAUACAGACACAGAUGAAAAAGAAGAGUUAAUCAGCCGGAGACGAAAUGUCAUUGAAAGUGGGUCUGAGAGAUCUGAGGAAAACCAUUACCCUGACAAUGAAGACGAGGUUAAUCAGGCCAUAAGUACAAGUAGAUCCCCUGAGGAGGAGGAGGAACAUACUAACAUCGCACACUCUGCUGUUCGCAAUGUAUUUGGUGACUCUGAUGAAGAAGAAGAAGAGACAGAUUUUCCGAAUGACAUUCAGCAUGAAUCAAAUGUACCAUUGGAGAUUCCACUACGUCCACCUCCUGCUCGUCCAGAAAAGACAACGAAAUCAGUGGGUGCUGCAGAACUGAUCCGCGGCCAAGUGAAAAUCCCCGAGAGCUCCAACCGCAACACACAGCAGCAGCGAUGGGGGAGGAGAAGCGGCACCAGAUGAUGCAGAACCUGUUCGGGGAUCAAUCCGAAGAGGAAGAGGAAGAGGUCGAUUCCGAGCACGAGUCCAAUCCCCAGCCCAAUUCUGAUGAAGGAGAGGGCGCUGUGGAGGCUGAGGGUGAAGGUGAAGUAGAGGGUCAGGGGGAGGUGGAAGUGGAGAGUGAUGUUGAGCAGCGUAAUGCUGAUGAUCCUGAUCCAGGAGAAAGUGAGGGCGAAAGAGAACAAAGUUCCCAAGAAGUAGACAUUGGUGAUCAUAGAGAAGAAAGUGAAGGAAAAUAUACAGACACAGAU